AUGGCUCUGCUCCUGGUCCUGUUCCUGCUGUCCCUGUGCUGCUUUGCACAUGGCAGAGGGGACACCUGUGGAGAGCUCUGUGGGCUCCGGCCCAUGGCGUCUAGGUAUGGGUCCUCCCGCAUCGUGGGUGGCAGAGACACCCAGCCAGGGGCCUGGCCCUGGACUGUCAGCAUCCAGAACCCCUGGAAAAUAGGAACGGGACAUGUCUGUGGAGGGUCCCUCAUCAGCCCACGGUGGGUUCUCUCAGCAGCCCACUGCUUCAUCAAGGCCAGACACGUCACCUUCUGGCGUGUGGUGAUCGGGGCCACCCGGCUGAGCCAGCUGGGCCCUGAGACCCAAGUGCGCAGCAUCCGGCACCUCCUGGUUCACGAGCGCUACGACAGCAGCUCCGAGGCCAACGACAUAGCUCUGCUGGAGCUGGACCAGCCCGUCCAGUGCAGCCCCUACAUCCAGACUGCCUGUGUGCCCAACGCCUCACUCAGGGUCUCAGAGCUGACAGCCUGCUACGUCAGUGGCUGGGGUGCCACUGCUGCAAGAUCUAGAGGCAGUGAUGUCCUUCAGGAGGCCAGGGUCCGUCUCAUUGAUGUCAGCCUCUGUAACAGCAGCUGGUUGUACAGAGGGGCCAUCCAUCCCCACAACCUGUGUGCUGGAUAUCUGCAGGGGGGCAUCGACACCUGCAAGGGUGACAGUGGUGGCCCUCUGGUCUGCAAAGGCAGCAGUGCUGACUGCUUCUGGCUGGUGGGGCUGACGAGCUGGGGGGAAGGCUGUGCCAGACCCAGGCGUCCCGGAGUCUACACCUCCACUCAAGACUUUUAUGACUGGAUCCUGGUACAGAUGAGGCUGGACCCAGCAACAAAGUCACGAAAUCUGCUGGAUCUUGCCAAUCCUUUGUCUGUGAUGUGA